UGAAAUGGCGGAGUAUAUGUCUGGAUCAGAUGGGCAAACAGAUGUGAAGCAAAGUUCUAAGAUUGCGAGGGCCGGUGAAGUUACAGCUGAUGUAAAAAUAGUCGAUCACUCCCGAUCUAUUGGAAAUUUUAAUGGACCGAGUGUAUACAUUGAAGGAACUUAUGGAUAUCUUCUGAUCCUUAACCAGAGGAAAGAUAGAGAAGGAUCAGAAAAAGAUGUCAAAAAUCUUCUAUCCUUCUUUGAAAAAAUAUUGUUCUUUGAGACAGAUGUAAUAGAUCAGAAUACAAUUUCCGAGACAGAAAUGGAUGAUAGGAUAAACAAAGCAAGAAACAAGUUAAACGCAGAUCCCAAUAUAUCGUGCUUCGUAUGCGUUAUAAUGGCACAUGGCGCAUUGGGUACGUUUUACGUGAAAGGUGGGCCUAAAACAGUCGAAAGUGUCAGACAAGCAUUUUGCAACGAGUCUUUACCAAAGUUUACAGGUCGACCCAAAGUGUUUCUUCUCCAAUGCUGUAGAGGUGAUAAAGAAAAUAAGUAUACGACUGUCAAGGACUCAGACUUGAAGGAACGAAUGAUUUCCGUUCCGAACGAUGCUGAUACGUUAAUUGCGUUUGCUACAACGCCUGAGCAUGUUGCUUACCGAGAACCGUAUGACCCGGAAGAACAGAAAGAGCAGAAACAGGAAAGACAGAGACAGGGAAGCCACUUCCUCAACAUUUGUAUAGACGUGUUUAAAGACCAGUAUGAAAAAAAACAUUUAGAAGAAAUGCUUGUCAGGGUGAGAGAAAAAGUAAAUGCUACGCCAUUUACGGUUUUAGAAAAUGAUGAACAUAUUUUAUAUUCACAAAUGGCAUGCGUUUGGAGCAGCUUAACCAAGGUUUUGUAUUUGAAAAAAAAACUGCCUGAUUUUUUUUAUAGUUGCCGAUAAAGAACAUUAAUGUAACAAUUUUCAUGUAACUACAUUUAACAAACGUUUCAGGCGUUAAACAUAUUAAGUCAUUCUGUACAAAACAUGAACUAGGAAUAACAAACGAAAAACGCUCUGAUUGACACAACAUAACAUGACCCUCAUAACUUGACCUGAAACCUCAUAUUUCCAUACUUAAAAACAGUCAAAAGGUCGAACUCACUAAAUAUAGCAUUUUAUCUGUUUUGUUCCUCAUUUUACAUACAUUUUCUGACACGUUUUUCUGUAAGUGUACAUUCGAUGUAUAUACAAGUGUAUAUUGGUUUGUAUUGCCUUAGUCUAAUUAUGCUUAGCUUAAUGAUACAAUGCGCUUACGUGUAUAUUCAAGCUUCAACGCUUAUCAGUGUAAGAUGCCGAAAUGUUUGAACGGCGUUAGAUAUUAGCCAUUUUAAAUACGUUUAUAUUAACGUGACAGCUAUUAACCUGUUUUUAGUUAUGUUAUACAUACGAAAGCAAGCUUAUGCACAUACAAUGUUGGUACUACAAUAUGUUCACGAUAUAAUUGUCGUAUUUGAAAUAUAUUGUAUUUUUUAUAUGAUUAUGUAUGAACUUCUUUACCAUAUCAAUUCACAAGUUUUAAAAAUGGUUAAACAUCCGUUUAUUAUCUCAAUACCUUGAUUUUUCUACAUGAACUCAUGCCCAUAUUAAAGAUUUUACAAGAAUACAAAGUGUUCAUACUGUAUAUUGGCAUGUGAAAAAAACAUAAUU